AUGGUACAACCUGCCUCUGUACUGGUUAUCCACGGCCUUCGGUACUGCCGGGUGGAACGUCGCUUCGUCAUUGAUAGCGGUGGGAUUGCCUUCGUCUCUUGCAUAAUUGGGUCCGCCAUCGCUGGCAUUGUCGUUACAGCGAUGGCGCGGCCCGGGGCUCGGUAUCAUAUAGGUUAUCCUGUGCUGGUUAGAUCUUCCAUGGGGAUGUACGGCUCCUUCUUCUUCAUCUUCAUUCGUGCCGUUAUUGGAACUAUCGCCUACGGUAUCCAGACUUUCUACGGCGCCAACCUCUUGUCGACUUGCCUGCGAUGCAUAUUCGGUUCGUCCUGGGAAGGGAUGGGGAACGGCCUGCCUGCUUCUGCACACAUUACGUCCAAAACGCUUCUGUGCUUCUUUCUCGUCUGGCUGAUUCAGUUCCCCUUGUGUUUCGUGCACCCAUCGAGGAUUCAAAUCCUCUUUACCCUGAAAGGCCUGCUUGUCCCCAUUGCUACUUUUGGCAUGUUUGGUUGGUGUAUGGCUAACGGGACCGGUCUAUCAACCAUCGAUGACCAAUCCGAGCCCGCGACCGGACCUUUGGGAUGGCCUAUCAUGAGCGGCAUAAACACGGUGCUCGGGACACUAAGCCCUAUGCUAGUGAAUCAACCCGACCUUGCACGGUAUUGCAGAACGACGCGAGAUGCAGGGCCAUUGCAGGGGGUAUCAGUGUUCGUUGCCAAAGUACUGGUCAUGUUUCUGGGCCUGGCAGCCACAAGCUCAAUCCAGGGUGCCUGGGGAAAGACUUACUGGAAUAUCUGGGACCUGAAUGAGGCGAUACUCGAUCGGCAUUGGACGGCUGCGGGGCGAGCGGGCGUGUUUCUCGUGUCGUUCACGUACCUUCUCAGCGUGUUUGGAAUGAAUGUUGGGGCCAACUCCAUACCUUUCGGAGCGGACAUGAACGGCCUACUGCCGAAGGUACUCACGAUCCGAAGGGGUCAGAUCCUUUGCGCCGUCCUCAGCGUGUGCUUCGUUCCAUGGGAAUUGAUGGCCACAGCUCAGAAAUUCAUAACCUUCCUUGGCAGCUACAAUAUCUUCAUGGCUCCUAUCUGUGGUGUCAUCAUCGUGGACUAUUUCAUUGUGCGACGUGGAAACAUACACAUUCCGUCCUUGUACAAUGGCUCCCCAUGUGAGCUAUAUUGGUUUACCUCAGGAGUCCACGUUGCCGGAGUCGUUUCAUGGUGCGUGGGUGUCAGUCUAGGCCUGCCAGGUCUCGUGGGCACAUACGAACCGCUUGCUGUCAACCAGGCAGCCAAAAACAUGUACAAGGUUGGCUGGGUUCUAUACAUGUCAGCAGCAGCAGUGACAUACUAUUUAAUGGCCACAUUUUUGGAGAAGCCAGCCAUUUUCCCAAAAGGUCACCACCAAAAUCCUAAGACUUGGGAAUUUCUAGCACGAAACCAGCCUGAGGGAUAUUUUGAUGACGAAAUUGCGAGCAGUGGGAUUUCCGACGGCAUUGAGAUCAACUUUGUGGGGGACGAGGUUGAUGAUGGUGGAACCAUUGCGGAAGAAGAGAAAGAGCUACUCAACUGA